CCCACGACGCACGCGCACGCGCGCUUUUCUAGAGACCCGGAAGCGGAUCGCGCGGAGCAACGGGCACGCUCGGUAUAACCUUACCUGAGAAAGAAGACCAGAAGAGGGAAAAAAGGAGGAAUGGCUCUUUUCCAGGGGCGGUUGACAUUCAGGGAUGUGGCCAUAGAAUUCUCUCAGGAGGAGUGGGAGUGCCUGGACCCUGCUCAGAGGGCCUUGUACAGGGAGGUGAUGUUGGAGAACUACAGGAACCUGGUCUCCCUGGGUGAAGAUAAUUUCUCUCCAGAAGUUGGAAUCCCUUCUGAUGGAUUUGCAAUCAAGGAAUUAUCACCAACAGAGGACAUUAAUAAAGGCGAAUUUUACCACUUAGUGAUAUUGGAGAGAAAUGAAAGUUAUGGAAUCAAGGAUUUUGAUCUCCAGGAAUCCUGUGAAAAUAUGCAUGAGUUUGAGAGUCAGUGGGGAUAUGAUGCAAGAAAUUACAAAGAAGUGCCUUUGUCCCAUAACAAAAAUCUCACUUAUAGAAAAGACCAGCAACUUAAUCAGACCUCAGUUACUCUUCCUGAAAAGCAGACUGUUUCUGUCAGAAAUAAUACGUACCAGUAUUUCAUGGAUGAUGAGCCAUUUAUGAGGAAUUUGCUAAAAAUGGACAAUAACAGAAGUGGUGCUGGAAACCAGUACAUAAACUGCACGGAAAAUAGAAUUGGAUUAAGUUUGCAGGCACAUCGGGCUGAACUGCAGAGAUUUCACAAUGAGGAGAAAAUGUGUGACUGUAAUCCGACUGAGAAGUCUGUCAACAGUGGUUCCUCAGUCUCACCACUUCAAAGAAUUCCUCCCAGUACCAAAAACAUUUGGAACAAAUACAGGAAGGUUUUUAAGUAUCCUUUGUUACCUGCACAAUACAGGAGAGCAUACACUAGAGGAAUUUCUUACAAAUGUAAUGACUGUGGGAAGGCUUUUAGCAAAAGUGCAAACCUCAUGAGUCAUGAGAGAAUUCAUUCUGGACAGAGACCUUACAAAUGUAAUGACUGUGGCAAAGCUUUUACGGACCGUUCAAAUCUUAUUCAUCAUAGAAAAAUCCAUACUGGAGAGAAACCUCACAAAUGUAACGAGUGUGGCAAAGCAUUUACCCAAUUUGGAAACCUUGCUAGGCAUCAGAAAACACACACUGGAGAGAAACCACACAAAUGUAAUGUGUGUGACAAAGCUUUUACUCGAAGUUCAAGCCUUAUGGCACAUCAGAGAAUUCAUACAGGAGAAAAACCUUAUAAAUGUAAUAAAUGUGAUAAGGCUUUUAUCAAACAUUCACACCUUUGGGGUCAUGAGAGAACUCAUACUGGGGAGAAACCUUACAAAUGUAGUGAGUGUGGCAAAGCCUUUGCUGAGCGUUCACAUCUUACUCAACAUAAAAAAAUCCAUACUGGAGAGAAACCUUACAAAUGUAAGGAGUGUGGCAAAGCAUUUACCCAAUUUGCAAAUCUUACUAGGCAUCAGAAAAUACACACUGGGGAGAAACCAUACAAAUGUAAUGUGUGUGACAAGGCUUUUACCGGAAGUACAAGCCUUAUGAGACAUCAGAGAAUUCAUACAGGAGAAAAACCUUAUAAAUGUAAUAAAUGUGAUAAGACUUUUAGUAAACGUUCAGACCUUUGGGGUCAUGAGAGGACUCAUAGUGGAGAGAAACAAAUGUAACGAGUGUGGCAAAGCCUGUAUGAGCAUCUUGCUCAGCAUAAGAAAAUCCAUACUGGAGGGGC